UGUCAAAGCAAGCCUUAUUAUAUCAGAGAGAGAGAGAGAGAGAGAGAUGGCUGAGUACUGUAUAACAGGGGGUACAGGGUUCAUAGCAGCUUACCUAGUGAAGUCCCUGCUCGAAAAAGGUCACUUCGUCCGGGCAACCGUUCGAGAUCCAGAAAAUGUGGAAAAGGUUGGGUUCCUUUGGGAGCUGAGUGGAGCAAAGGAGAGGCUAAAGAUUUUCAAAGCUGAUCUGAUGGUGGAAGGAAGCUUCGACAAAGCGAUAGAGGGUGUUGAUGGGGUCUUCCAUACUGCAUCUCCUGUAUUCGCCACAGAUGAUCAUAAUGUUCAGGAAACAUUGAUUGAUCCAACUAUAAAGGGCACCCUGAAUGUGCUGAGCUCCUGCACAAAAGCAAGCAGUGUGAAGAGGGUUGUGCUCACCUCUUCCUGCUCUGCAGUAAGGUACCGCGAUGAUGUCCAGCAAGUUUCUCCUCUUGAUGAAUCUCACUGGAGUGAUCUGGAGUACUGCAAGCGCUACAAUGUAAAUUACACUCUGACCUACUUAUCUAUGACUUAAAACAUCACAUAUAUU